AUAAACAGGCAGCCGCUCCUCGCCGUGACUUCACGUCGCCGUCGCCGCCGCAGCAGGACCAGGCGUCGCCCAGGAUGGAGCGCCGCAGGAAGGCGCCGGCGUCCCUGCAGCUGAGCCGGAGCCAGGAGGAGGCCGAGCCUGGGGUGAGUCCAGCCGCCUCCCGGGCGCCGCUGUCUCCCACCCGCUUCAAGGUCAAGACCAAGAGCUCGCCGCUGAUCGAGAGGCUUCAGGCCAACCUGGCCCUGUCGCCCACCGCCCUGCUGCCGCCGCCGGCCCCGCUCAGCCCGUCCAGCGAGGAGGAGGAGGCCGCCGCGGGCUUCGGCAGCCCUCCAGGGGGCGCCCCGCUGCCCAGCUUCAACAAGACUCGAGCGCGGCUGUCCUUCAAGAGGCGCCUGCCGAGCCGCAAGCACCGCAGGUCGUCGGGAGAGGAGUCGCCUCUGGAGGACGGAGAGCAAGGUGCUGGGUUCCACUCCCCCGAGGAGGAGGAGGAGGAGGAGAGAGACUGUGAGCCCUCGGAGAAGAAGCUGGAGGAGACGAGCCAGGGUCUGAUGGAGGAGGAAGGAGGGGGGGAGGGCGCCAUGUUGCCGAGGGUCAGUGAAGGCAGCACGGCGCCACUUCUCCAGGCUUGA